AUGGAUCCUUUCGACUUGUCCGAUGAUUCAGAUGACAAUAUUUUCUUUAGAAUGAUGUAUCAUUAUUACACUACCGACCUGCUACAACCAGACCUAACCCCGCUACUAACAAGACGUGCGAUGUUAAACAGAAAUCGCAAGGAAGGACAUGAACAUCUAUAUCGCGAUUACUUUGCGGAUAAUUGUGUAUACGGGACGAAUGAUUUCAAAAGAAGAUUUCGUUUGAGUACGAAUGUGUUCUUACGAAUCGCCAACGCCUUGGAAAGCCGGUACAAAUUUUUUCAAUUAAGAUAUGAUGCUAGAGGUAGACGAGGGUUUACAACGUUGCAAAAAUGUGUUGCGGCCAUUCGUUUGAUGGCUAUGGGGGAGUCACCCGACACCACGGACGACUAUAUGAGAAUGUCCGAAAGAACCGCAAGAGAGAGUUUGUAUACAUUGUCAAGGGGUGUUGUUGAAACUUUUGGAGACGUGUAUUUGCGGAAACCUUCGUUGCAUGAUUUGCAAGAAUUGUAUGCGGCGCAUGAAGAACACCAUGGGUUUCCCGGAAUGAUAGGAAGCAUUGAUUGUACACACUGGAAAUGGAAAAAUUGUCCGGUAGCAUGUUCCAACAACGACGUCAACAUUCUUGAUCAGUCGCCAAUAUUCGACGAUCUUUUGAAUGGAAAAGCCUCGGAUGCUCCUUUCACGGUGAAUGGAAACGAAUACAAAUAUGGGUAUUACCUUACAGAUGGAAUAUAUCCUCAGUAUUCCAUAUUCGUGAAGGGAUUCCGCCACCCGGUUGAAGAACGAGACAAUUUUUUUAAGAGAAGACAAGAAGGAGCACGUAAGGAUGUGGAACGUGCUUUUGGAGUGCUGAAGGCGAAGUGA